GACGGUGCACGUCCAGUCGUCCACCACCACCACCACGGGUCGGACGCCGUCGUGCGUACAUAUCCAGACGCAGACGCCGACAUUGGCGCACCAAACGCACACACCGCGCGCGUCGGCGGCCAUGGCCACGACGCCGUCUCCUCCUCCCUCCGCGACGACGAUGCGCGCCGUCCAGUACGACGGCUACGGCGGCGGAGCCGAAGGGCUCAAGCAUGUGGAGGUGCCGAUCCCGUCGCCGAAGAAAGGCGAGGUGCUGAUCAAGAUGGAGGCGGCGAGCAUCAACCCCAUCGACUGGAAGAUUCAGAAGGGGAUGCUCCGGCCAUUCCUGCCAUGGAAGUUCCCAUCAAUUCCAGCGUGCGAUCUCGCCGGAAAAGUCGCGGCGGUCGGCGGCGGCGUGCGCAGGUUCGAGCUCGGCGACAAGGUCAUCGCCAUCAAUUUCCCGAGUGGCGGCGGCUUCGCCGAGUACGCGGUGGCGCAGGCGUCGCUCACGGUGGAGCGGCCGCCGGAGGUGUCCGCGGCGGAGGGCGCGUGCCUGCCGCUCGCGGCGGUGACCGCGCUGCAGGCGCUGAGGGCCGCGGGGGCCGGCCUGGACGACGCGCCGCCGCCCAAGAACGUCCUGGUCACCGCGGCGUCCGGCGGCGUCGGCCACUUCGCGGUGCAGCUCGCCAGGCUGGGCGGCCACCGCGUCACGGCCACCUGCGGCGCGCGCAACCUCGCCCUCGUCGCCGGCGAGCUCGGCGCCGACGAGGCGCUCGACUACGCCACCCCGGACGGCGCCGCGCUCCGGAGCCCGUCGGGCAGGAGGUACGACGCCGUGGUGCACUGCGCGCCGCACCUCCCCUGGCAGGUGUUCGACCGCGUCCUCGCCGAAGGCGACACCGGCGGCGUCGUCGUCGACAUCACGCCUUCCCCCGCGGCCUUGGCCACCGCGCUGCUGCACAGGGUGACCUUCUCCAAGAAGAGGCUGACGCCGUUCAUGUUCUCGCCGAGCAAGGCGGACAUGGAGCUCCUGGUGGCCAUGGCGAGGCAGGGGAAGCUCAAGCCCGCCGUCGACUCGUGCCACCCGCUGAGCGACGCCACCGGCAAGGUCGUCGUCAAAAUCGGAGAAGAAGAAUGAGCACGACGCAGGGAGAUACCGUUGGAUGUUGGAACAGUAUGUUCAGUGGCAGCGCACGGUUAACUGUUAUUGUAUGAAAAUAAUGUUUUUUAAAGAAACACGGUACAAACGUAAACGUUCAUGACACGCGUGCACUCACUCCUAUAAACACACACGCACACUCUAUCUUUACGAGUACCUCCGAAAGAUUGAACCUAA